AUGAAAUGGAUUAUUGCAACUUUAUUUUUUAUUCUUCCAAUCAUAUACAUAACAUUUUAUAUGUACGAAUAUCAUAAAUAUUUAUGUAAAUCGAAUUAUGAUUACCCGUUUCAAGAUCCAACAUUACCUACUGAUAUCAGAUUAGACAAUCUGAUGUCACUGUUAACUCCAGAAGAAAAGAUCAAUAUGUUAUGGAUGGAUGAAGCAACACCAGAUGGAGAGUCACCUAAUUUAGCUGUUCCACGUUUAAAUAUUCGUGGAUAUUCUUGGAUGGGACAAGGAUAUGUUUAUCGAUCAGCAUCAAAUGGUUGCAAUAUUAAUUGUUAUAGUCAUGUCAUUGAUGGAAAUGUUUCUGUAUUACCACAGGGUACAGGUAUUGCUUCCACAUGGAAUAAAAAUUUAAUUUUUCAAUCGGGUAUUAUGGUGAGCGAUGAAUCGAUGGCAAUACAUUAUAAUUAUAAAAAUAGAAGUGUUGAUUACAAAACUGGUGCAUCAAGUGUUAUUAAUAUUGCGCGAGAUCCACGAUGGGGAAGAGUGCCAGAAACUUAUGGCGAGUGUCCAAUAUUAACUGGUGAAAUAGCAGUAGCUUUCAAUAAAGGUAUUAUGGGUUAUGCACAACUAGAAGAUACACAAUUAGAAUAUGGAAUUUAUAAAGUUUCACCUAUUAUGAGACAUUUUAUUGAUUAUGACGGUCCCGAUAAUGGUAGAUUUAGUUUUAAUGCAAUUAUUUCCGAUGCUGAUAUAAGAACAACAUAUUUACCUGUAUGGAAAAAACUUAUUGACGAAAAAGCAAUUGUUGGAAUCAUGAGUGGAAUAAGUGCAGUCAAUGGUAUACCAUCAGCGGCCAAUAAGUACUUAUUAAAUGAUGUACUACGUAAUGAAUGGGAUUUUACUGGCUAUGUGAUUAGUGAUUGUGAUCCCGUAGGUGAUAUACAGAGAUCAUUUCAUUAUACAGCAACACUUGAACAAGCUGUUGCCAUAUCUGUAGCAUCUGGUAAUGAUAUUAAUUGUGGUCCUGAAUUUAAAUUAUUACAUGAAGCAAUUGCACAUGGUUUUGUGAAUUUGGAUAUAAUUAAUUCUGCUAUAAGUCGAGGUUUACGUUCAAGAUUUGUCAGUGGUAAUUUUGAUCCGAUUGGCACGGAUCCCUAUUCUUCCAUACCCUAUUCAGUUGUUGAUAGUUUAGAACAUAAAUUAUUAACAAAACAAGUCGUUAGCGAAUCCAUUGUUUUAUUACAAAAUCCAAAAGAAAUAUUACCAUUCGAUAUAACAAAAAUAAAACAAAUUGCAGUUAUUGGUCCAUCGUCCGAUGACAUAAGUGUUCAAGCACAUACAUAUCAUGGUACGCCAAGUAAAUGGAUAACAACAUUAGAUGGUAUACAAUCAAUGGCAUUAAAAUAUAAUGUCAGUGUUGUUCAUACAUGGGGCGCAUCAAGAAGAAAUACUAGCGACGAAGAUUUUGCACAUGCUCUAGCAUUAUCCGAUGAAAGCGAUAUCAUUUUAUUUGUUGGUGGUUUAGAUGAAAGUUUCGAAGAAGAAGAUACUGAUCGAAAUACAUUAGAAUUACCUGGCGGACAAUUCGAAUUAAUCAGAUUAAUAAUGAAAUUAAAUAAACCAUUUGCUAUAUUAAUUAUAUCUGGUUCGCCUAUAUCGGAACCAUUUAUUGUUAGUGAAAAUCAAGCCGCUCUAUUGUGGAUAUCCUAUUUUGGACAAAGCGGUGAUGCUAUUGCUGAAAUGUUAUUUGGCUUGACGGUUCCAAGUGGUUGUUUACCAUUUACAAUACCAAUGGAUACAAGUCAAAUGUUACCAAUCGAUGAUUAUUCAAUGAAUAAAUCGCCGGGCAGAACAUACCGGUAUUUAGACUAUAAUAAAGCACCACCGUUAUUUCCAUUUGGCUUCGGUUUAUCGUAUUCAAAAUUUGCAUUUAAUUCAAAAUUGAUAAUUUUUCCUAAUAAAAUAAAUAAUCUCGAUAUUGAUAUUACAGCAAAUAUCAGUAUCAUCAAUGAGGGCCCAUUUCGUGCACAAUUCGUUUUACAAUUAUAUUAUGAAUUUCCAAAUUCAACAGUAAUCGAAUUACCGAUACGUGAAUUAUUACAGUUUACUAAAAUAACAUUGGAAAACAAUGAGCAAACAACUAGUUCAUUUACAUUUCGCGUUAGAACUAUUCCAAAUUCAAAUCGACAACAAAUACCAGGAAUUAUUAAUUUUUGGAUUGGCAAUAGUCGUGACAGAUAUGCACAAGCAACACUUGUGGUUGACUUUGAUUCAUAA